AUGGUUAUAAUAAAAAUAAAGAUCAAAUGGAAUUGGCUUCUGCGACAGUCUCAAUUGAAUUGGAAUGUUACUUUAAAAAAGAUUGCCACUAGUCAUAAUAAUAUUUUUUAUUUGACACCAGGUUUUAAUUUAAAUAAAGGCAGAAAUUAUGUAACUGCUGCUUAUGAUCAAGAUAUACAUACUAAUCAUCAUAUUAUUAGUGGUUCUAGUACUUUAUUAGAUACUGUUGAUGAUUUGAACUUUAAACAUCUUGAAGAAAAUAACAUGGAUACUGCUGAUAGAGAAUCUGAGUUUACUAAAUGGAUCUAUGAAAGUGUACUGGAAAAUCAACCGUGUCACAGGAUGUCUUUAAGAGAUAAUUUGAAAUCGGUUGCAAUCUCUAACCAAUUAUCUGUAAAAGAAAAUAGUAUCAAUAAUAAUUCAUCAGAUAUUUAUGGUAUUCCGUCGGUAGCUGAUAUUACAUUUGAAAUUAUUUGGAAGGAUAAAUUUUCUGAGAUUGGGUUUGGCGACGAUAUUGAAAGAGUUGUUAAUGUAAUUAUAAAAAGAUUGAAUUAUAAAAGAAAUAUUUUUAAAGUCUCACAAUUGGUUCAGUUGAUAUCUACACUUUUUAACAAUAAUAGAUUUUAUCAUAUUCAUGAAAUUUAUAUAGCAUACAAGAAAUAUUUGUAUCCAAUUACUUCAAAAAUAGUUGAUGAUACAGAUAAAUAUAGGAUUCUUUUGAAGAGAUUCAUUCAAGUAGAGAACCAACUAGAACAUUAUGCAGAAGUGGAGCAAUUGUUUGCUCAAUAUAUCAAAUUGAAUCAUAUGAGUAGUCCCAUAGUCGCUAUUGGUUUGAAAUCCUUUGUUUCCAGAAAUAAUCUUCAAUUAGCUAAAGAAUUUUUUAUCCAGAUUAUGAAAGAUAGUGAUAACAUUUUUCCUUUAGAUUCAAAGGAUUUCAAAAGAUUCUUAAAAUUUUUACAAAAUUCAUAUCGUUAUGAAUCAAUUGAUUAUUUUGUGUCAAUGUGGAUUCAAUAUGAUAAACCACUAGAUUUUGAACUGUUAGCAUAUAUCCAUUAUAUUUAUUUAAUGAAUAAUAAUCCAUUGGUUGACAACUUAGCCAAAUUUGAAUCUAAAGAAGGUCGUCCCUUUAAAUCAGGUUAUUUUCAAUCAGUUCAAUGUAAAAUUAUUGGUACCUAUUGUCAAUUAAUACGUAAUAACUCUAUUGAUCAUACAAAAUUAGAACAAUUAAAUCAGGAGGUUGAGAGCUUACCCAGUAGUAAUGCUAAAUUAAAGUAUUGGUAUCAUAAAAAUUUAUUAAAAUUGUAUGUACGUUUCCAUGAUUUGAAAUCAAUAGAAAAUGUGUUACAAACAAUGUUGAUGGAUCAAACAAUUACUGUGGACUCAAAUAUUUAUAAUAUUGUUGCUACGUAUUUUGUCCAGAAAGGUGAUUUAAAGAAUUUAAUAAUAUUUUAUAGCAAUUUAUUACAUGAUAGAGUAGUUAAUUUGAAGAGUGAUAUUUUUUAUUUGAUUUUACGGUGUAGUAAAAUUGCAUAUCCUGAUGAAAAUUUUCAACUAAUAAUUAAUCAAUUGAAAAAAGUUUUUAAGAGGAGUCGUGACGAUAUGAGAUUGUUAUGGUGGUUAAAUAAUGUGGAAAAAAAUUUGAAAUUAUAUGAUGGUUUGAACAGGGUCACUGUAUCGGACAAUAGAUUUUACAUGAAUUUUAUCAAUAAAAUUAAAAGAAAUGAUUUAGUUAAUGCCAAAGAUUUACUCCAUCAAUAUCUCCAAAAAGGUGUAAAACAAGAUCAACAUAUUUUAUAUAAGAUGUUAAAGUUUUGUUUAUCUAAUGAUAAGGCGAUUCAACUGGCAGAGAUUAUUGAUAGGCAUAUUAGACAAGAUGACUAUUUCUAUAGGAGUAAUCCAUUGAAAUUGGAGAUAAUUUGGUUAAAAUACCAUAUCAAGAUGGGUCAAAAUAAUGGAUUGAAUACUGAUGGUAAAAUAAGAUUACAACAGUUUGAAAAAAAUUUUGAUUUGCAACUAAAAUCACAAAAUUGUUUAGAUUUAGCUAACUUAAUGAUCGAGUUCAAAGACUAUACAAAUGCAGAAAGAGUGCUAAAGAAAGCAAGGGAAAGGAUAAUAAAUGAUGAUCAGAUACAAUGGACUAUAUAUUAUAUGAUGUCAUUAAAAUUAUCUACUAGGGCAUUAAAUCCACAGUUAUUUAUUGAUCUUUUAAGAAAAUGGAAUGGGUCAUAUUUACCGGUGAUACUAUUAAGCAAAAAUAAAAAUCAAAUAAAUUGUUAUAUCAAAUAUUUUUGUAAAAAUUGGGAUAAGAUUAAUGAGAUAACGUGUAUCACUAAUCACAUCAAUAGUGAUAGGUGUAAUAAUGAGAAUCAAGAGAAUACUGUUGGUACUUCUAUUGAUAAUCAUUAUAAUCCAUGUGGAACUUUUGAAAAUUGGCAAGAUUUAGUUAAAAAUAUAUUAGAACAAUUGAAAAAUAAAGAUAAAGAAAGACGAUUGCAAACAAGACAAAAUAUAGAAAUAAUGUUAGAUUCGAUUCAGCAGUGGAUUGAUCAAGCAGUACUGGAGAACUAUUCGUAUAAAGUACCGAAACAGCAUGGUCAAAAUAAAUAA